CGUCAUCAUCUCUCUCAUACAUACGAAUACAAAAAACUCUACUACUUCCUCCCUCCGGUUUCUUACACAUUCUCCCUCAUCUUUUGCUCUCGAGAAUCUAUUCUUUAUUCUACAGCUCCGGAGUUAUUCUCCAGAAGAAGAGAUAGAAGAGAAGUAGUGUAUAUACAGUAGCUGAAAUUUCGGCGGCGGCGUUGAAUGGCGGUGGAGUACAGAUGUUGCGAGACAGAGUUCUUCAUUCACGUUGUGGUGAUAGUGUUUCUGGUGCUGUUUGCGGGCCUCAUGUCCGGGCUCACUUUGGGCCUCAUGUCUCUCAGCCUUGUCGAUCUUGAGGUCCUCGCCAAGUCCGGGACUCCGAAGGACAAACAGCACGCCGCAAAGAUAUUACCAGUUGUCAAGAAUCAGCAUUUACUGCUUUGCACUUUGCUUAUCUGCAAUGCUGCUGCGAUGGAGGCACUUCCUAUUUUCCUUGACAGUCUAGUUUCAGCUUGGGGCGCCAUCCUGAUAUCUGUGACUUUAAUACUUCUAUUCGGUGAGAUCAUUCCACAAUCUGUUUGCUCUAGAUAUGGACUUGCUAUUGGUGCAGCUGUUGCCCCAGUGGUUCGUGUUCUUGUCUGGAUCUGUUUUCCAGUUGCAUAUCCGAUAAGCAAGUUGUUAGACUUACUGCUGGGCCAUAGGCAUAGAGCUCUAUUUCGACGUGCUGAAUUGAAAACACUUGUCAAUUUACAUGGCAAUGAGGCAGGUAAAGGUGGAGAACUCACACACGAUGAAACGACUAUAAUUGCUGGGGCACUUGAACUCAGUGAGAAAACUGCUGGUGAUGCCAUGACUCCAAUAUCUGAAACUUUUGCAGUAGAUAUAAAUGCAAAGCUUGACAGGUCCUUAAUGAAUCUAAUUUUGGAGAAAGGACAUAGCAGAGUGCCUGUCUACUAUGAGCAACCUACAAAUAUCAUCGGCCUUGUUCUGGUCAAGAAUUUGUUAACAAUUCAUCCAGAGGACGAAGUACCAGUGAAGAGUGUCACAAUACGCAGGAUCCCUAGGGUUCCAGAAACUAUGCCAUUAUAUGACAUCUUGAAUGAAUUCCAGAAGGGUCACAGUCACAUGGCUGUUGUUGUAAGACAAUAUACCAGGGCGACUGACAAGCUGCUUGCUAGCCCAGCACCCGUAGAUAAUUCAGUCAAGGAUGUUAGAGUCGACAUUGAUGGUGAGAAAAACUAUAUGGACAAGAGUGUAAAGCCCAAAAGACCCCUGCAGAAAUGGAAGAGUUUCCCGAAUAAUGGAAACAAUUCUUUCAAAGGAACACCUAGAAGCAAGAAAUGGACAAAAAACAUGUAUUCAGACAUCCUGCAAAUAGAUGGAACCCCGCUGCCCAAGCUCCCAGAAGAAGAAGAGGCUGUAGGCAUUAUGACCAUGGAAGAUGUCAUUGAAGAGCUUUUGCAGGAAGAGAUAUUCGAUGAAACAGAUCACCAUGUCGAGGAUUCAUGACAUAUGUAGUAUGUGGAUGUUGAACCCUACAGACACUGUUGAAAAUGUUGUUUGUAGGUGACGUGCUUUUGAUAGUAAACAAGUUUUGAUUGGAUGUAUAUAAAAACUUGUAGCAGGAUACUCUGAUCGGUUGGCCUUUAAAAUUGAAGAGGAAACUCGUAUUUCUUAUGUUG